AAUCCCAGCAAAGAGGAUGCGCUCCUGUCCCAACCUGUGCUUUGUUUUCUCAGUGUUGUAGGUUCCAGCUCCAUCAUUGCCUACGCCGUCUUUCAGAACGCGGUGCGGUCCCCCGAGGUUCGCCCACUUUUCUACCUGAGCCUCUGCGACCUGUUUCUGGGCAUGUGCUGGCUGGCUGGAACGCUCCUCUACAGCACCCCGACCUCGCAGCAGGACCUCAUCUGCUAUAACCUGCAGGCGACAGGACAGAUAUUCUAUGUGGCCUCUUUUCUGUACACCGUCAACUACACCUGGCACCUCUACAUGGACCUCAAGGUGAAAUACAAUCAGAACCUUUUCAGGAUGCCCCCCCAGGUUGUGGAUUAUGCGAGCUGCGUCGGCCGGAUAGCAACGAUCUCGUCCAGCCUCAUCCCUUUCCUUCUCAUGGUGCCUGUGUUUUGCCUGGGCAACAGCAGUGAUUGCUACCAGAACUUCAGCCAGAAGCACGGAUGUCUCCUGAUGCACAUGGAGAUAGCCGUGCCCUCCAGCGAGCCGCAGACCCUCAGCGGCUCUGUCUGCCGGGCGAUGCAUUUCUACGGCAUCGGAGUCUUCCUCAUUUCCUUCCUCAUCAGCUUUGUAGCCAUCCUGGUUAUACUCAGUCAAGCCCGAGGUUUGUACAAAAGGUUUGUGAACUCCACCGGAUUCCUGGGGGACCAGCAGUGGGCCAUGAUUAAGAUGGUGGAGCAACGAGUGGUUUUCUACCCCAUCGCGUUCUUCUGCUGCUGGGCCCCAGCUGUCCUCCUUGGAAUACUGCAGCUGACAGUGUCAACAAACAGCAAGAUCUACAUGGCUCUUCUCAUCCUGCAGGCUCUGACAGCAGCUUCCCAGGGGCUUCUGAACUGCAUCGUGUACGGCUGGACGCAGCACAUCUUCCUCUCCCUCAAACGCAACGCCUGCCGGGACGUCGACACGCAGACUCCCCUCCUGCGCUCCCAGAAGAAGUUCUACGCCAGCACGCUCCCCGCCAGCCCGCCAGACGCCGAGGGGUCCACGUCCACCCUGCUCUGA